UGCCAGACUGUGAAAAGGAGAAGCACAUGGUGGUAAGCACCAAUUCACUUUAAAAUUGUUUUUUGUAGUCAAAGUAAAGCUAAUCAAAGUAAAGCUAAUCCAGGUAUAAAACUAUUAAUGAUGAAUGUUUGUAAUUAGCUAUGCAAAUAAUUUAGCUGAAUAUUAGCCUGAAUUGGUAAGAUAGAUAUUUUUUCCAAAAUGGUGAAUAUUGAGCAAAUACUGUGGGGUUACACCAGCAUAAGACACUGAAGUUAAGUUAACUCUCUGAAGCAUAAACUGGUAUUUCAAUAUUAUGCAAUUUUAUCAUAUUUGUUUUUUAGUUUAUUUGGUAGAAAUCCAGAAGAAAAGCUCCCAUGUCGAGAAACUACAAAAGAAAAACAGACUGGGGCUCCACACCCCUUGAAGAGAUAAAGAGGGCAGCCAUCGAAGUCACUGGCAGAAAAUCCAGAAGAUCCCUGACAAAGGACAGAAACAUUGACAGGUCAAUCCUUCUGAGGUACACAGAAAAGAGGCAGGUAAAGGAAGGAAAAACAGCCGGGUACAGUGGAACAGUGGAAGCAAAGAGGAUUUUCACAGAGGAGGUAGCGGACGAGCAUGCCGCCAACAUCAGAAGGCUGGCUGACCUGCUCUAUGGCCCACUGCAAAGAAAUGCUGCGAAAUGGCAUUUGAAUUGGCAGAUGGAAGCAACCAUUUAUCUUAACUUAAAGUUAAAUGCAGCAGCUUGACAGAAUGAUUAAACUAAUGUUCUUUUAGGUCAAGAUUGUUUCAGCAGUUUUAUGACACGCCACCAUCUUUACUACCAUAUGCCCGAAGCAACAUCUUUGGGAACCACUAUGGCUUUCAACAAAACUACAGUCAGGGAGUUCUUUGACAAUCUAUCUAAAUCUAUCGAAAGUAAUGGAAGCCCAUAUGCAACAGUUUACAGCAGAUUUGCACAUACACCUACCAGUUUUACCAGGUUAUCUAUAAUGGGUGUUAAGCCACUUUUUGUAUGAAUUGUAAGUUGUAACUAUUCAGACUCUAGUCACAACUCUUAUGUCUUGUCAUUUUUACAGGCAUAAAUUUCCUCCAUACGUAAUCUACAAUAUUGAUGAAGCAUGUGUCACAGUGCAGACACCAACAGCAGGUAGUGGCAGAAAAAGGAAAAAUGCAAGCGGGUGCCGUCACAUCUGCUGAAAGAGGAGAGCUUGUGACAUCAACAGCACUGGGAAUGUAGUCGUGCUCGUGCACAUCUUCCCAAGAGUUAGAUACAAAGACCAUUUCAUUACAGGGGCACCACCAGGAUCAUAUGGAACUUCUACCCGAUCUGGCUGGAUCAGUGAAAACACCUUCAACAAGUUCCUUGAACAUCUGGUUCAGCACACCAACUGCUUCUCUGACCACCCCAUUUUACCAAUCCUUGCCAACCAUGAGGCCCACGUUUCCUUGCGGAUACAGCAAAAACAAAAGGCAUCAUCAUGCUCACAGUCCUGUCCCACGUCCCAUUGCCUGAAGCUGCUAGACAGGUGUGUUUGGUCCAUUUCAGACCUUUUACACCAGAGCUCUAGAUAGCUGGAUGAGAUCUAACCUAGGAAGAACAGCCAGUAUAUGCCAAAUACAUGGAUGUGUGAAUGAGGUUUUCGUGUCCUCGGUGACACCACGCCACGUCUCUUCUGGAUUUAGGUCCACAGGGAUUUUCCCUUACAACAGAGAGGGUUUCUCUGAUGCAGUUUGAGCCAUCCAUGGUGUCUGAUGGGCCAAACCCUGAGCUGUAGUCUGCUAUUGCAAAUGAUCCACCCAUGCCUUCAACCUCCACCUCUGUGGAGCUGCCUUCAACCUCCAUCUUUGCUGAGCUGAUUCUUGGAGACAACAAUCCUAACCGAUACACCUGAAAAGCAGAACGUAGGCAAGUGAAAUGGCACAUGAACAGAGAAAAAAAUAAACAGAAGGGAAACAGGGGGAAAAAAACCCCACAGAGUAAAGUAAGCCAAAGAAGAAACAAACCAAGAGGAAAAUCACAGUGUACAGCAGCUCUGAGGACAGCAGCCUCCCAUCCCACUCGAUGACGUAUCUGUGCAUGAGAGACAUGAACCUCGACCUCGAAAGGUUAGAGGAACUGCAAGGAGGGAGCAACAAUUCAAACUGCAGUACAACAUUAAGCCACAUGGAUUAUUGAAAAGCCAUUUGCACUGCAGCAGUUGGUUUGUUCUCAAGUUUCCAAAAGUGAAAAAAGGACUGGUUUUGCAUUUGGUAUACGUUAUACCGGUGUUAAUUUGGGCAGCAGUUUUUGAUUUAGUUUUAUACUUGGUCUUUUGACUUAAAAUGUCUUUUUGUUUCAGUAACAUUUAUUUAUUUAUUCAGUUUACUUUUAUUCAACAAACUCACUGUUUAGUCAAUCAUAUUUAUUUAUAUAGCACUUUUUUUUUACAACAGCUGUUUUCACAAAGUAG